AUGACUCUGUCACCAACAAAGAAAAACACUCACCGCAUCAACCUUACCAAAGAAAACACUCCGAACCAACCAUUUCCAAAAAUAGUCACAAUAACAUACACAGACAAAGACGCUACUGACUCCUCCAGCGACGAAGAAGAACCUUCAAAACGCAACCGAAUUAAAAAGUUUGUUAACGAGAUUAUCAUAGAGCCAUGCGGUGGCCGUGGUAACAUCAGCGGCGGUGGAGUUGUUCCGAGGAAGAGAAACAGAACUUCCACCGGUGGAAAAACAAGAGCUCCGGCGACUCGGCAAGUCACCUCCGGGCAGAAAUACAGAGGAGUUAGACAGAGGCCAUGGGGAAAAUGGGCGGCAGAGAUAAGAGACCCGUCGCGUGGCGUGCGCGUGUGGCUUGGCACGUUUCAAACUGCUGAAGAAGCGGCUAUUGUGUACGACAACGCGGCUAUUAAGCUGCGUGGUCCCGACGCGCUAACUAAUUUUAUAACUCCACCUGCCACGUGUCAAGAAGUAUCUCCCGAAAUUGAAAAUCCUCCUCAGUUACCGUUACCGUUACCGGUGAGCGACGGUUACAUCUCCGGUAAUGAAUAUCAAUCUCAAUCUCAAUCACAAACUCAAAGCACUAAGAGUUUGUUUUCUCCUACUUCAGUUCUACAGUGUUGUUCAUCUUCCGAAGAAGUAGCUGAAUCCGUUACAGCCGAUAAAGAAUCCGAAUCACUCUUUUCAAUUCCAAGUGAUAUACUAUUUGAUUUCCAAGGUUCUUCACCGGCGAACGACGAGUUUAACAGCUUCAACAGCUUAUCGGAGAACAUGUUCUACGGAGAUAUUGAUUGUUCGGAGUAUUUCAAUUUGGAUUUGGAUUUCGGAUUUGAAAGCUUGCAUAUGCAUAAGGAUGAAGAUUUUUUCCAAGAUAUUGAUGAUUUAUUUGCUUCUGAUGCUCUUGUUGCUCUUUAA